CAAGGGGGUGGAGUGCGACGAGCGUAUAAAGGACGAUGCGUACUUCACUCCGCGGAGCGCGCAAUCCCAGGACAGCAGACCUAACAAAUGUUGAAAGCCAAGCUGCAGAUCCUUCUGGCCCUCUUCCUUGAAGCAGAUGCUUUAUUGGAAUGGCCCGGACAGUACACUUACCAACGUGAAGACCCAGCCAGCGGCCAGAAGCUCACCUGUGACCGCUGUCCCCCCGGGGAGUACCUGGUGCAGCACUGCACGGCCACCCACAAGAGUCAAUGCGCGCCGUGUCCAGAAAAGCACUACACUCAGUACUGGAACUACAUCAGCAAGUGUCAGUACUGCAACGUGUUCUGUAAGGAGAAUCAACACGUCAAGGAGGAGUGCAACCGCUUCCAGAACAGGGUCUGUGAGUGCGACGAGGGCUACUACUGGGACCACGAGUUCUGCAUCAAACACGUGGCGUGUCCACCCGGAAAUGGCGUCAAGCACAAAGGCACACCGCACACCAACACCGUCUGUGAGAAAUGCCCGCCUGGAUAUUUUUCUUCAGUAAGUUCGAGCCAAGAGGCCUGUGAAAAGCACACAGACUGCAAAUCUCAACUGCAGAUUUUGAAUGGAACGACGUGGCACGACAAUCUCUGCAUUUCUUGUGAGAAUCUCAGAUCAACAGGUGUCCUUUCCCAAUAUGAAGAUAUCCUGUCAGAGUUUUUGGCCCGUCAGAAGCUCGAUCAAAAGAAGCUAUUGAAGCUCGGCCGGACCCUCCUCAAAGAGCAGGGGGAGAACGUGGUGUACAGAGAACAGCACGACUCACCGAAGGAGCUGAUAAGGUCCUACGUCAAGAAGUGGUCGGCUCUACAAACCGCUUACAGGCUCAUCCCGGACGAGCUCGUAUCAAGGCUGGAAGAAGCAAAUCUGCAUACGGUCGCCCGGAGGCUGAAGAGGAAAUUCCUUAAGAUCCGACUGAAUGAAACUCUGAAGCUCAGUUACUGUUUAAAUGCUGGCACUGACAGAAACUGACCGUGGCUGCCGGGCACUGCCAUUCUUGGAAAAAGCGCUUCCAGUGUAACCAACUUCUUAAUCAACUCAGUGUGGGAUUCUGUUGCACGCCAUCGUCUGCACUUUAGGACUUGGGCUCAGAAGGUGCCCCCCUGAUAAUGAUUUUAUUAUUUUUAUUAUUUUACUGAUUGUAACAAUUGCUUCAAUAUGGUUGUUAGUGUGCUGGUCAUAUAAAAUUAGAUUAAGCAUUAAGGAUUUUAAGAGAAAUGACAAGACUUGUAUGAGCUUGGAAGGAUUUCUUUUUGAACUGUAAGCCCCCUUUAGCCACAUAACAGCUGGUUUGUAUCCAGUGAGUGGCGGUGGGAUGUCCCGUGUGCUCGCAGUCAGAGGCCUCUUCCCUCUCCCGGGACAUUGACAGUUAUAACUGAGGAUGGUCUACGGCAAAGGAGGACACAGCAUAUAACAAAGACAUUGCAUUUGUCAUUUCAACACGUGGCUCAUCAGAAACGUUCAUAGUCAUCAAAUGCAUUGCUUUUUGUCAUUCCUAGAAAUUGAACAUGGCAUUCAUUAAUACUACUUUUAUGAAUCCAAGGGUACAUACCAGAGACAUAUGCAUAGCAUUUUCCAUUCCAACAGAUGGCACAUCACAUACAUUAAAACUGCAAUGAUGAAUCCAUGGGUACAUAACAGAGACAGUUGAAUUGGAUUUGUCAUUCCAACAGACGGUGCAUCACAAAUAUGUUUAAUAAGAAAAUGCAUUGCAUUUGUUUUUCCAACAGAUGGCACAUCACAUGCAUUAAUACUCCUUUUACGAAUCUAAGGGUAUAUCACAGAGACAGUUGCAUUGCAUUUUUCAUUCUAACAGAUGGUGCAUCACCUGCAUUAACACUGUUUUUUUAAUCCAUUACACAAGGUAUAUAGCAGAGACAUACAGUAUGUACUGCAUUUGACAUUCCAACAGGUGGCACAUCACAAACAUUUGGAGUCAUAAAAUGCAUUGCAUUUGUCAUUCCAGCAGAUGGUGCAUCACCUACAUUAACACUGUUUUUUUAAUCCAUUACCCAAGGCACAUAGCAGAGACAUACAGUAUGUACUGCAUUUGACAUUCCAACAGGUGGCACAUCACAAACAUUUGGAGUCAUACAAUGCAUUGCAUUUGUCAUUCUAACAGAUGGUGCAUCACCUACAUUAACACUGUUUUUUUUAAUCCAUUACCCAAGGCAUAUAGCAGAGACAUACAGUAUGUACUGCAUUUGACAUUCCAACAGGUGGCACAUCACAAACAUUUGGAGUCAUACAAUGCAUUGCAUUUGUCAUUCUAACAGAUGGUGCAUCACCUACAUUAACACUGUUUUUUUUAAUCCAUUACCCAAGGCAUAUAGCAGAGACAUACAGUAUGUACUGCAUUUGACAUUCCAACAGGUGGCACAUCACAAACAUUUGGAGUCAUACAAUGCAUUGCAUUUUUCAUUCUAACAGAUGGUGCAUCACCUACAUUAACAGUUUUUUCAAUCCAUUACCCAAGGUAUAUAGCAGAGACAUACAGUAUGUACUGCAUUUGACAUUCCAACAGGUGGCACAUCACAAACAUUUGGAGUCAUAAAAUGCAUUGCAUUUGUCAUUCCAGCAGAUGGUGCAUCACCUACAUUAACACUGUUUUUUUAAUCCAUUACCCAAGGCAUAUAGCAGAGACAUAUGAUAAUAUAUUUGCCAGCACAUCACAAACAUUUGUAGUAAUUCAUUGCAUUUAUCAUUCCAUCAGAAAGCACAUCACAUAUAUUACGAAUCGAAGGGCAUACAACAGAGACAAAUGUAUUACAUUUGCCAUUCCAACAGCUUGCACAUCACAAACAUUUGUAGUAUUAAAAAGUUUUAUCACAAGUAUUUGUAAUGCAUUGUAUUAGUACAUACUUUACAAAAUACAUUCUGAUAGAUGGUGCACUGCAAAUGCUGAAAACGUCCAACAAAGAGUAAGUGCUGGAAGGACAAAAAUUAGCUUAUUAGAUUUCAACGCAUCUUACAUGGCUAGCAGAGCGAGACUUAAAUAAUAGAAGUGAUCAGUUUAUAAAAUGUAUCAUUUAUCGAUUAUUUAUUCAUCUGGAGUACUGUAUGCAAUUCUGGUCUCCGGACUACAAAAAAGGACAUAGCAGCACUAGAAAAAGUCCCGAGGAGAGCGACUAGGCUGAUUCCUGAACCACAGGGGAUGAGUUAUGAGGAAAGAUUAAAAAGAGCUGAGCCUUUACAGAGAUGAAGAGGAGACCUGACUGAAGUGCUUAAAAUGAUGAAGGGUAUUAGUCCAGUGGGUCGAGACGGUGACUUUAAAAUGAGUUCAACGAGAACACGGGGACACAGCCUGAAACUUGUUAAAGGUGAAUUCUGCACAAAUGUUAGAACGUUUUUCUUUACAUAGAGACACAUGGAAUAAGUGAGCAAGUAGUGUGGUAGACAGUAGGAUUUUGGGGACCUUCAAACCUCACUAUGAUGUCACUUUGAAGGAUUUCAGUGGGCAGGACUGGCGAGUUUUGUUGGCCUAAACGGCUUGUUCUCGUCUAGAUUGUUCUAAUGCUCUAAUGUUAUCAAAUGUGACAUCAUGGCUCCCAAACAGUGAUUCAAUGUACAGAUUCAAAUUAGUAAAAAAAAAUUAUGUUGGUGUGAGUGGAGGGGCCAAAAAGCGAUGACUUCAGUGUCCGAAGGAACUGCAGUGCCCCCCAGCAUUCAGUAGCUUUGAAAGUGGUGAAGAAGAAGCCACCAUCAGUGGACAGGCAGGCCAUUCCGAUGGUAGGAGAGGUGACACGGUGGCCGAUCACAGCUUUGAAUUUAGUGCAAUGGGAUUGAUCCCUUGAGGGGGGGCCUUUUGAAAGGAGCAGCAUUUACAUAAAGGGGUGGCCCGGAGGGGUACAGGUUUACCCCCCAACUUUUAUUUUACUUUAAAACAGGGGGGCUUGGUCUUCAGUGUGUCUCUUCUUACUACUCAGCCUGUCUGGCGUCCUCAUCACAGGACAUCACUGGAUUUCGGAGAGCUCUGGUCUGUCUGCUGGCAUUGAUUCUUUUUCUGAAUGUUAUCUUAUUUAACAUCCAUUCCAUUCUUUUCCUCCUGAAAUGUUUAUUGUUGUUGUUAUUUAUUGUUAUUUUAUUUGUUAACAUUUAGCAUUGUCUUGUGUACUGUCUUUUAAGAUUAGUGUAUUAAAUACAAUUUUGCAGAAAA